AUGAUGGAGAUCCAGAUGGACGAGGGCGGCGGCGUGGUCGUCUACCAGGACGACUACUGCUCGGGCUCGGUGAUGUCGGAGCGGGUGUCGGGCCUGGCGGGCUCCAUCUACCGCGAGUUCGAGCGCCUCAUCCACUGCUACGACGAGGAGGUGGUCAAGGAACUGAUGCCUCUCGUGGUGAACGUUCUCGAGAACCUCGACUCGGUGCUCAGCGAGAACCAGGAGCACGAGGUGGAGCUGGAGCUGCUGCGCGAGGACAACGAGCAGCUGCUCACACAGUACGAGCGGGAGAAGGCGCUGCGCAAGCAGGCCGAGGAGAAAUUUAUCGAGUUUGAAGAUGCCUUGGAACAAGAGAAGAAAGAGCUGCAAAUCCAGGUGGAACACUACGAGUUCCAGACCCGCCAGCUGGAACUGAAGGCCAAAAACUAUGCAGAUCAGAUUUCCCGGCUAGAGGAGCGGGAGUCGGAGAUGAAGAAGGAGUACAACGCGCUGCACCAGCGGCACACGGAGAUGAUCCAGACCUACGUGGAGCACAUCGAGAGGUCCAAGAUGCAGCAGGUCGGGGGGAGCGGCCAGACGGAGGGCAGCCUGCCAGGGCGGAGUCCUCGCCAGUCUUGGAGGAGAAGCAGGAAGGAGCGCCCCACGUCCCUGAGCGUCUUCCCCCUGGCCGACGGCUCGGUACGUGCGCAGAUGGGGGGCAAGCCCGCGCCCGCGGGGGACCACUGGCGCCUGAGUGACCUCGGCCAGCUGCAGCUCAGCUCUAGCUACCAGUGUCCGCAGGACGAGAUGUCCGAGUCGGGCCAGUCCUCGGCGGCGGCCACGCCCAGCACCACGGGGACCAAGUCCAACACGCCCACGUCCUCUGUGCCCUCGGCCGCGGUCACGCCCCUCAGCGAGGGCCCGCAGCCGCUGGGCGACCACGGCAGCUCCAGGAACAGCAAGCGGGCACGGGAGAAGCGCAACAGCCGCAACAUGGAAGUGCAGGUCACACAGGAGAUGCGCAACGUCAGCAUAGGCAUGGGCAGCAGUGAUGAGUGGUCCGAUGUCCAGGACAUCAUCGACUCCACCCCAGAGCUGGACAUGGGCCGGGAGCCCCGCCUGGACCGCACAGGCAGCAGCCCGACCCAGGGAAUCGUGAACAAGGCUUUCGGCAUCAACACCGACUCCCUGUAUCACGAGCUGUCGACGGCAGGCUCCGAGGUCAUCGGAGACGUGGAUGAAGGGGCCGACCUGCUAGGUAACACAGCUGUCCUCGGGCCUGCUGUGGGAAUGGGCAAGGAAGUGGGGAAUCUGCUGCUGGAGAACUCACAGCUUCUAGAAACCAAAAACGCUCUGAACGUGGUGAAAAACGACCUCAUCGCCAAGGUGGACCAGCUGUCGGGGGAACAGGAGGCGCUGAAGGGGGACUUGGAGGCCGCCAGGCAGGCCAAGCUCAGACUGGAGAAUCGCAUCAAAGACCUGGAGGAGGAGCUGAGGAGAGUGAAGUCGGAGGCCAUCACUGCCCACCGUGAGCCCAAAGAAGAGGUGGAGGAUGUAAGCAGCUGUCUCUGUACAGAAUUGGACAAGAUCCCCAUGGCGCAGCGCCGCCGCUUCACACGGGUGGAGAUGGCCCGCGUGCUCAUGGAGCGCAACCAGUACAAGGAGCGGCUGAUGGAGCUGCAGGAGGCCGUGCGGUGGACUGAGAUGAUCAGAGCAUCCCGCGAGCACCCAUCUGUCCAGGAGAAGAAGAAGUCCACCAUCUGGCAGUUCUUCAGCCGCCUCUUCAGCUCCUCGUCCAGCCCGCCGCCAGCCAAGCGGUCGUACCCCUCUGUGAACAUCCAUUACAAGUCGCCCACCACAGCCGGCUUCAGCCAGCGCCGCAACCAUGGCAUGUGCCAGAGCUCGGCAGGCAGCCGGCCCCUGGAGUUCUUCCCAGAUGACGACUGCACGUCGUCCGCGCGGCGGGAGCAGAAGCGCGAGCAGUACCGCCAGGUGCGCGAGCAUGUGCGCAACGACGACGGGCGGCUGCAGGCCUGCGGCUGGAGUCUGCCGGCCAAGUACAAGCAGCUGAGUCCCAACGGGGGCCAGGAGGACACCCGCAUGAAGAAUGUGCCGGUCCCUGUGUACUGCCGCCCGCUGGUGGAGAAGGACCCGACCAUGAAGCUGUGGUGUGCCGCGGGCGUCAACCUGAGCGGCUGGAAGCUUAGUGAGGACGGCCCUGGGAAUGGAGUCAAGCCCGCGUCGGGCCGCGACCCUCUGACCUGCGACCGGGAAGUAGAAGGAGAGACCAAAAGCAACCACGCGUCCCCCGAGAAGAAGAAGGUCAAGGAGCUGCCCGAGGCGGAUGCCACCUCCAGCCGCGUGUGGAUCCUCACCAGCACGCUGACCACCAGCAAAGUGGUGGUCAUCGACGCCAACCAGCCAGGCACCGUCGUGGACCAGUUCACCGUGUGCAAUGCCCAUGUGCUCUGCAUCUCCAGCAUCCCCGCCGCCAGCGACGGCGACUACCCUCCAGGGGAGAUCUUCCUGGACAGUGACGUGAACCCCGAGGACUCAGGCGCGGACGGGGUGCUGGCGGGCAUCACGCUGGUGGGCUGUGCCACGCGCUGCAACGUACCACGCAGCAACUGCUCCUCCCGGGGGGACACCCCAGUGCUGGACAAGGGCCAGGGGGAGGUUCCGGCUGUCACCAAUGGGAAGGUCAACCCAGCUCCAUCCACGGAGGAGGCCACGGAGGCCACGGAGGUGCCAGACGCAGGGCCCAGCGAGGCAGAGGCAGCUGCUGUUCGGCCCGGGCCCCUCACAGAGCAUGUCUUUAUGGACCCAGCCCCCACCCCGCCCCCCAGCGCCCAGCCUGACAGUGAGAACGGGCCGGAGGCCGACGUGAGCGGUGCGCAGCCCGAGCCAGAGCCCAGCGGGGACCCUGCGGGCAGCACCAGCGCUGCACCCACCAUGUGGCUGGGAGCCCAGAACGGCUGGCUCUAUGUGCACUCGGCUGUGGCCAACUGGAAGAAGUGUCUGCACUCCAUCAAGCUGAAGGACUCGGUGCUGAGCCUGGUGCAUGUAAAGGGGCGUGUGCUCGUGGCUCUGGCCGACGGGACACUGGCCAUCUUCCACCGGGGUGAAGACGGCCAGUGGGACCUGAGCAACUACCACCUGAUGGACCUGGGCCACCCACACCACUCCAUCCGCUGCAUGGCCGUCGUGCACGACCGCGUCUGGUGCGGCUACAAGAACAAGGUCCACGUCAUCCAGCCCAAGACCAUGCAGAUCGAGAAGUCGUUUGAUGCCCACCCACGGCGGGAGAGUCAGGUGCGGCAGCUGGCGUGGAUUGGCGACGGGGUCUGGGUGUCCAUCCGCCUGGACUCCACGCUGCGGCUCUACCACGCCCACACCCACCAGCACCUACAGGACGUGGACAUCGAGCCCUACGUCAGCAAGAUGCUGGGCACAGGAAAGCUGGGCUUCUCCUUCGUGCGCAUCACAGCCCUGCUCAUCGCGGGCAACCGCCUCUGGGUGGGCACUGGCAACGGAGUCGUCAUCUCCAUCCCCCUGACCGAGACUGUGGUCCUGCACCGAGGCCAGCUCCUGGGGCUGAGAGCCAACAAGACGUCCCCCACGUCGGGAGAGGGUGCCCGCCCCGGUGGCGUCAUUCAUGUGUAUGGCGACGACAGCAGCGACCGGGCAGCCAGCAGUUUCAUCCCCUACUGCUCCAUGGCGCAGGCACAGCUCUGCUUCCACGGCCACCGGGAUGCCGUCAAGUUCUUCGUCUCGGUGCCAGGGAACGUGCUGGCCACCCUGAACGGCAGCGUGCUCGACAGCCCAUCCGAGGGCCCCGGGCCCGCUGCUCCCGCUGCAGAUGCCGAGGCCCAGAAGCUGAAGAACGUGCUGGUGCUGAGCGGCGGGGAGGGCUACAUUGACUUCCGCAUUGGCGACGGCGAGGACGACGAGCCGGAGGAGGGCGCAGGGGACGUCAGCCAGGUGAAGCCGGUGCUGUCCAAGGCUGAGCGCAGCCACAUCAUCGUGUGGCAGGUGUCCUACACCCCCGAGUGA